AAAUGUUAGGUUAGGGCUAGAAAAGCUUUUUAUUGUUUUUUUUUUUUUUUUUUGGGGAUGCAUGUAGGCCUUAAUUAUUACUUAUUAAGUAGAACUAUCUAGUGUUCAUAUAUCCUGGAACAAAUUGAAAAUAAAAUUGCUCAAUUUUGCGCUUUAAUUCUAAGCUUGCAUUCUACAACUUUUGCACUAUGGAACUACCAGACCUAGAACAGGAUACCGCCAUUAAACAAAAACUAACAAACCUUCAAGACAGUUUAGAUAAAAUACAAAAAAUCACAGACAUAGCCCUAGAAGCAGACACUGAAAAACUCACCCUUAAGGACAAAGUAUAUUUCAACCUGUUUUUAGGAUAUGCUCUCAAUACAUUAUACUGGAUGUAUUUGAAAACAAAAGGAGAAGAUCCCAAUAAUCAUGAUGUUAAAAAUCAGUUGAACAGAAUAAAAGAGUACAUGGUUAAGGCAAAACAAGCUCAUGACAGGCAUACGAUAAGACCAGUAAUAGAUAUAGAUGCAGCUAAAAGGUUCAUAAAGCAUGGAAUAAAACACAAGAUAGAUCACAACACUGACGACACUCCUCCCAAUAAAAGAAUUGUUUUUGAUGACGAGUAGAUUUGAUUUAAAAAAAUAAUAUGAUUUUGACAUAUUUUGUAAAUAAAAUUUAUUAAUUUGAAAUUA